CGGCCCGCACGAUGUGCGUUGAGGGCAGUGCCAGGCACGGCGCCGCCGAGAAGCCUCUUCCCUUCCCACCGCCCUCGCGGGUUCCCCCGCGGCGGCGGCGGCAGCAGCGACGCGCCUCCCGGGGCCCCGCGCCGGCCGGGACCCCCCCCCUCCCGCCGCGGCGGGGGGGCGGCUGCGCUGCGGCCUCGGCCUCGGGCAGGGCUGCGCCGCCCUUGCCCUCCUCCUCCGCCUCCUCCCGCGCCCCGCCGCCCGCGCGGUCCCGGGGCAGCCGCCGCUGCCCCGCGGCGGAGGGCGCCCGGCGGGCUGGGGGUGGCCGUGCCGCCAGCCGGGGCCCGCUCCAUCAUGUGAGGCGGCGGGUCUGCCCCCCCCGCCCCGAGCUGCCCUCUCCCGCACCAUGAGGGAAGGGGAUGCGGGGCAGCACCCACGCCGGAGACAGGUAGAGCCCGGGCGGCUCCUCCGCCUCGUCUCCUGCGUGAUCCUCGUGUGCAGCGCGGAGGUCGCGGCGCUCGCCGACUUCUCAGGUUACCUAACCAAACUUCUGCAAAAUCAUACUGCCUAUGCCUGCGAUGGGGAACAUUUGAGUCUACGCUGUCCUCGGCAUUCAACAAUAAGUGUUCAGUCAGCAUUUUACGGGCAAGACUACCACAUGUGUAGUACUCAGGAGCCUGAAACCAGGAUGACAGAACCCAUGAACUGUGUGGCACCCACCUCCUUGCAGAAAGUACUGGAUGAAUGCCAAAACCUGAGAUCCUGCCAACUCCUUGUCAAUAGUCGGGUUUUUGGACCUGAUCUGUGUCCAGGGACCACUAAAUUCCUCCUUGUCUCCUUUAAAUGCAAACCUACUGAAUACAAAACCAAAUCAGCAUGUGAAAACCAGGAACUGAAACUCCACUGUCAGGAAUCCAAGUUCCUUAUCAUCUACUCUGCCACCUAUGGCAGAUGGGCACAUGAGGAGAAUGUCUGCUCGACAGAAAUGGAGCACGUCCCCCCCUUUGACUGUUUGUCUUACACGGCACUAGAAGUUUUAUCAAAAAGGUGUUACGGGAAACAGAGAUGCAAAAUCAUUGUCACUAGCCAGGAUUUUGGAAGUCCGUGCCUACCUGGAGUGACAAAAUACCUUAACGUCAGCUAUGCAUGUGUUCCUAAAUUUAUCCUCACAGCUGUCAACCCCCUGGUCACCGAUAGCAAGUCUUCCGUCAAACAGAAUGAUGGUGUCGACCUUGAUCCAAAGGAAUCGAGACUUCCAAAGAAAGAUGGAAUUAGUGUUAGCAACAUCUUGGCUACAUUUGCAUACAUUAGAGAUCACCCUGAAAGAGCUGCUCUCCUGUUUGUGUCCAGCAUUUGCGUGGGAUUAAUCUUCACACUGUGUGCUUUGGUGAUCCGUGGGUCGUGCUCGAAUGACUUCCAGAAAUUGCACAGAAAGAAGGAUCACUUGGUGCCAGAAAGUGAUGGAGCAUACGAGAACAGUGAAAAUGAGGAGGAAGAGGAGGAUUCCUCCGAUUCGGAUAUACAGGAUGAGAUAGCAGGACUGUACAGACCUUCUUACUCAGGUUAUAAUUCAACAGAGGCAGCAGAACUGGCUGAAAGGAUAGAGCGCAGGGAGCAGAUCAUACAAGAAAUUUGGAUGAACAGUGGUUUGGAUAUGACACCUCCUAGAAAUAUGAAUACGUUUUAUAUUAACGAACAAUAAAUGGCUUAUUUUGGAUGAUGCCCUAGCCCUUUUUUUUAAAAAAAGAAAUGUACCUUCUGUGAAGGAACAUUUGUAUCAGUGCAUAUAAUUAUUUGUAAAGUAAGAAGAAAUAUAUACAAUAAAAGGAGAGUUUCAAA